AUGAACAAAGCUGAACUCGAAACAUACCAGGUUCAACUCUCUCAAGUUGAGCUCGCGCUCCAAGCUGACCCCGAUAACGCCGAACUUGUCUCCCUCCGCAGUGAGCUGAAGGAGCUCAUUGAGCUCACAGAACUUGCCAUUGCCCAAGCAGAACCUGCAUCAUCCUCGCGAGCCGAUUCCACCAAGAAGGCUGGCCCAUCAGCUUCCACACAUGCAUGGGCAGCUGGAAACGACUGUCUCUCCAAGUACUCUGGUGAUGGCAACUGGUACCCCGCCCGGAUAACGUCCGUGGGCGGCUCCACAGACAACCCAGUCUACAGCAUCGUCUUCAGAGGCUACAACACCACCGAGCUUGUCAAGGGCUCGGAAAUCAAGCCAAUGCCACACAAUUACCAAGAUAAGACCCCAGCUGCGUCUAACAAGCGAAAGCUGACCACGGCAGAGGAAGAGGAGAGGGAAAAGAAAAAGAAAAAGAACGAGAAGAAGUUGGAGGUGAGAGCGCAGAAAGCCAAAGAGCAGGUCCAGAAGCAGCAGUCAUGGCAGAAGUUUGCCAAGAAGUCGGAGAAAAAGGGUGUCCACAUCGCUGGCGUUUCUGGGACGAGCAUAUUUAAAACACCUGAAAAUCCGCUGGGACGAGUCGGUGUCACCAAUAGUGGCAGAGGAAUGACGGAAGUGGCAUUGCGGACAAAGCACAAGUUUUCCGCUGAUGAUGAUCAGGCACCUUAGGCGGGGUCGUAGAGUUCAGGCUUUUUGUUCACUGCAUGUAUGCCAGCAGGAGGUCGAUGAUAGUCAGAAAGGGCCACUAUCCAAGUUUUGAGGGCGUCACUACUAAACAGCAUUGCAAUAUACGGGUCCUACGUUCCGCAUAGCAACUCAGCAACACACCACCAACUCCGGACCCAACAUCUGCUGCUGAAACGAAGCUUGUCGUCGAAACCGUUCACAGCUAUGUGAGAAUGAACCCUACGCUCGAGGUGGUAUUUCACACCUUUUCUCGUACGGUUUAGACCGUUCGCUCAACAAUCGCUGUCCUAGUGAAGUUAGCAGGGUACACGGGAGUUUUCUUGUCCAUCCGCGUCGAAGAUACUGGUGCACUCCUCACCAAGAGGUAAGUUGGGGCAUACACGCAUACCUCGCUGGUUGUCCCUCUUUUUUCAUUCUGUCUGGAAAUGUCUUGGUUUAUCUUGUUGUUGAUGUUAACCUAUUUGUCGGUUUCCAAGUCCUAACAGGAUGUGGGUUACACAAACUUGAUCUAUGGCUGAGGUCCUCAGGCCGUAU